GUGUGAGGCUGCUAAAUCGUACCUCUUGUAUGAUACCUUUCCUUUCUGCCUUUUUUUUUCCCUAACACAGCUUUUACAGUUGUUUGAUAUCAGAGAAAGCACCUGCCAGUUGCUUUUUCUUCCCUUUUGCUCCCUUCUUCUGCCUCGUGCAAGAUGGAGCUAGAAAAUGAAAUGAUCAGCUCCUCCAGCAAUUCUUCAGCAGGCUCCAGAGAGUACAAGGUGGUGAUGCUAGGAGCAGGGGGAGUUGGCAAAAGCGCAAUGACAAUGCAGUUCAUAAGCCAUCGUUUCCCUGACUAUCAUGAUCCAACUAUAGAGGAUGCCUAUAAAACUCAAGUCCGAAUUGAUGACGAACCAGCCUAUUUGGACAUUCUAGACACUGCUGGACAGGCAGAAUUCACAGCCAUGAGAGACCAAUACAUGCGAGGCGGAGAAGGCUUCAUUAUCUGCUAUUCCAUCACAGACCGCCAAUCCUUUCAAGAAGCUGCUGAGUUUAAGGAACUCAUUUAUCGUGUCCGGCACACCUAUGACAUCCCCUUAGUGCUGGUGGGAAACAAAAUAGAUCUUGAAGAGUUCAGGCAGGUCUCAACUGAAGAAGGAAUGAGCUUAGCCAGAGAAUACUCCUGCUCCUUUUUUGAGACUUCAGCUGCUCUCCGCUUCUACAUUGAUGAUGUCUUUCAUGGACUAGUGAGGGAAAUCCGAAGGAAAGAGUCUUCACUGCCCAUGGUAGAGAAGAAGAUGAAGAGGAAAGAUAGUCUGUGGCGAAAGCUGAAAGGUUCCCUGAAGAAAAAGAAGGAAAGUACAACCUGA